AGUGUCACAACCACCUACAGUUCCGUUUCCGGUUCGCCCGCGGAGCCAUGGCGACCGUCAGCCGACUGAGAUUCCUGCCGUCAUUAGUCAGAUGGCGCCGUGGCGUCAGACUAGCUCUCCAGUCCCAGGCGCUCGCGAUGAUCGUCCCUGGCGUUUCCCAGGUGGAUAACAAUUCUGAUUUUCUGGGGAAGAGGCCCCAUCGCCAGCAUCCCGGCAUCCUGCAGCUACCGCGCGUGAAGCUGCCUCAUGCACUGACUGAUGCUGCGCAGUUACUGUUGCGCCAGAACUCGGUGCCGAAUAUGGAGCAGCAGGUGCAAACACUGACCAACCAUCUCUGGAGCAGACAUGUGCCUGUGGAGCCAGAGGAGUUGCAAAGACGGGCAGAGGAUCUUGAGAAAAAACUGGGAAGCGCAGAUUCAUCUCAGUCAGAGGAGAAACUUCGUGGAGCUGUGCUGCAUGCCCUGUGCAGAACUACCUACCAUUGGCAAAAACUGAGCUACAAUGAGGGACUGAGCCUGGUGUAUAUGGCAGCAAGACUGGAUGGUGGCUUUGCAGCAGUCUCCAGGGCAUUCCAUGAGAUCCGAACUCGAAUUCCAGAGUUUCAGCCACAAACCUUAAUGGACUUUGGCUCGGGUACUGGUUCUGUCACCUGGGCUGCGCAUAGUACUUGGGGUCAGAGCCUACGUGAAUAUAUGUGUGUGGACAGUUCAGCUGCCAUGUUGCAUUUGGCAGAAAGGCUACUGAAAGGUGGCUCAGAAUCUGGGGAGCCUUAUGUUCCAGGUGUCUUUUUCAGGCAGUUUCUACCAGUCUCACCCAAGGUACAAUUUGAUGUGGUGGUAUCAGCCUUUUCCCUAAGCGAGCUGCCCAGCAAGGCUGACCGCACUGAGGUAAUUCAGACUUUGUGGCGCAAGACAAGUCAUUUUCUGAUACUGAUAGAGAAUGGAACAAAGGCUGGGCACCGCCUUCUCAUGGAUGCCAGAGACCUGGUCCUUAAGGGGAAAGAAAAAUCACCUUUGGACCCUCGGCCGGGUUUUGUCUUUGCCCCGUGUCCCCAUGAACUUCCUUGUCCCCAGUUGACAGCUUCUAAGCCUCUGGCCUGUAGCUUCUCCCAGGCUUACCAUCCGAUCCCCUUCAGCUGGAACAAGAAGUCAAAGGAGGAAAAGUUCUCUCUGGUGAUCCUUGCCCGGGGAUCUCCAAAGGAGGCUCAUUGCUGGCCCCGUAUCACUCAGCCUGUCCUUAAACGGCCACGCCAUGUGCACUGUCACCUGUGCUGUCCAGAUGGGCAUGUGCAGCAUGCUGUGAUCACUGCCCGCCGGCAUGGCAGGUAUAAGAGGGAUUUGUACCGCUGUGCUCGUGUCAGCUCCUGGGGAGAUCUUUUACCUGUGCUUACACCGUCUGAGCUUCCUUCGUCCCCUGCUCAAGAUUCCCCUGAGAGUUAACAAGGAUGUGUAACAAGUAUUUUCUUCUAUCAUGCCUCCCAAGCUGAAGCUUCCUGGUAUUCAGGAUGGGAGUGCUGGUACCCCCUUAUGUCUUGAGUUUGAGGUUUUAAUUUAAAUAAUAAAAUUUAUUUUCAAGAA